GCCGCGGCCGCCGAGGAGAACGAGGCUGCCGGAGAGCCCCAGGCGCCUCUGGAGCGGGUCCUGGGUCCUCUGGCGGGCGGCGACAGCGGCGAGGCGGUGUCCGGGGCGGUGGGGGGGGGCCGUUGUUUGCUGGCGGGGGGCGAGCCGCGGGACAGCUUCGUGCAGGCGGGGAGGGCCCAUUACCCGGCCACGCUCUGCGGCCUGGUGUGGACGGCCAACUUCGUGGCCUACCGCUGCCGGACUUGUGGGAUCUCGCCUUGCAUGAGCCUCUGCGCCGAGUGCUUUCAUCAGGGCGAGCACGCCGGACACGACUACAACAUGUUCCGCAGCCAGGCAGGGGGGGCCUGCGACUGCGGCGACGGCAACGUAAUGCGGGAAGCCGGGUUUUGCAAAAGACAUCGAAUAAAAUCAAGCUCAGAAGUUCCAUCUGUUCCAAAAGAUUUGUUGAUAAUGUCAGAACUAGUACUCCCACAAUUCAUCUUCUGUCUUAUUCAGUACUUAAGAGAAGGUUAUAAUGAGCCAGUUCUUGAUUUGCCAUCAGAAAAAGAACUUCACAAAGUUCUUCAGAUGUUGGAACCCCACAUUUCAUUUCUGGAAGAUCUGACAAAAAUGGGAGGAGCAAUGCGUUCAGUCCUUACUCAGGUUUUGACCAAUCAGCAGUACUAUAAAAGUCUUAGUUCUGGUGGUGGAGAAAAUACAUGUACAAGGAAAAGCCAUGAAAAAUACCUUGUAGCUUUGAAAGGUUCUGGACUGACAUUUCCUGAAGAUAAGCUUGCAUGUGGAAUGCAGGAUCAAGCAGCUGGAGCUAGCGCUUCAGUAGUUCAAGGUUUUGCAGGUGCUACACCAGCUUCAGGGCAAGGUGACUCUUCAGAUGAGGAGGACCAGGAUGGUAGCCAAGGUGUGGGAAAAUGCAAGAGAGUAAAAUUAAGCAACACCACCAAAGAUCAGUCCAUCAUGGAUGUUUUGAAGCAUAAAUGUUUUCUAGAAGAGUUAUUAUUUUGGACAAUAAAAUAUGAAUUUCCUCAGAAAAUGGUAACUUUCUUACUGAACAUGCUUCCAGAUCAAGAUUAUAAGAUUGCUUUUACUAAAACAUUUGUGCAGCAUUAUGCUUUUAUUAUGAAAACACUGAAGAAAAGCCAUGAAUCUGAUACAAUGUCUAACAGAAUUGUACACAUUAGCGUUCAGCUAUUCAGCAAUGAGGAACUAGCACGUCAAGUGACAGAAGAAUGCCAGCUGCUUGAUAUUAUGGUUACUGUCCUUCUGUAUAUGAUGGAGAGCUGCCUUAUUAAAAGUGAGCUACAAGAUGAGGAAAACAGUUUACACGUAGUUGUGAACUGUGGAGAAGCACUGUUAAAAAACAAUACUUACUGGCCACUUGUCAGUGAUUUUAUUAAUAUCCUUUCACAUCAAAGUGUGGCUAAGAAAUUUUUGGAAGAUCACAGGCUAUUAGUGACGUGGAUGAACUUUGUAUCAUUUUUUCAAGGCAUGAAUUUAAAUAAAAGAGAACUUAAUGAACAUGUUGAGUUUGAAUCCCAGACGUAUUAUGCUGCUUUUGCUGCUGAACUUGAGGCCUGUGCCCAACCAAUGUGGGGCCUACUAUCACACUGCAAAGUCAGGGAGACGCAAGAGUACACGCAAAACGUUGUUAGAUACUGCCUAGAAGCACUUCAGGAUUGGUUUGAUGCAAUCAACUUUGUAGAUGAGCCUACUCCUAAUCAGGUUACGUUUCAUCUCCCAUUGCAUCGCUACUAUGCUAUGUUUCUGAGUAAGGCUGUUAAAUGUCAGGAGCUAGAUUUAGAUUCACUUCUUCCAGACCAGGAGAUGUUGAUGAAACUAAUGGUUCAUCCACUUCAAAUUCAGGCAAGCCUUUCUGAAAUUCAUAGUAAUAUGUGGGUAAGGAAUGGCCUGCAGAUUAAAGGACAAGCCAUGACAUAUGUGCAGUCCCACUUCUGUAAUUCUAUGAUUGAUCCUGACAUUUAUCUGUUACAGGUUUGUGCUUCUCGACUUGACCCAGAUUAUUUUAUUUCCUCAGUUUUUGAAAGGUUCAAAGUGGUUGAUCUCUUAACAAUGGCUUCACAGCAUCAGAAUACAGUACUAGAUUCGGAGCAUGAGAGGUCAAUGUUAGAAGGCGCUUUAACAUUUCUUGUCAUUCUUUUAAGUCUACGUUUACAUUUAGGCAUGACGGAUGAUGAGAUUUUAAGAGCUGAAAUGGUAGCUCAGCUCUGCAUGAAUGACAGAACUCAUAGUUCUCUACUGGACCUUAUUCCAGAAAAUCCUAAUCCUAAAAGUGGCAUUAUUCCUGGAAGUUUAAGUUUUGAAUCAAUGUUGUCUGCUGUGGCUGAUUUUAAAGCCCCUGUAUUUGAGCCAGGGGGUUCCAUGCAGCAAGGAAUGUACACACCUAAAGCUGAGGUCUGGGAUGAGGAAUUUGACCCAGUCAUGGUAAUUCUCCGAACUGUUUAUCGCAGAGAUGUACAGUCUGCAAUGGAUAGAUAUACAGCAUUUUUAAAACAGAGUGGAAAAGUCCAUGGAAAUCCUUGGCCUCCCUAUAAGAAACGAACACAUUUGCACCCAAGUUAUAAAGGACUCAUGAAACUCUUGCAUUGCAAAACUUUACACAUUGUACUGUUCACUCUACUCUAUAAGAUAUUAAUGGACCAUCAAAAUUUGUCAGAACAUGUCCUUUGCAUGGUUUUAUAUUUGAUUGAAUUGGGACUAGAGAAUUCUUCUGAGCAGGAAUCUGAUGAAGAAGAUUCCAUGGGAGGCCAAGAACGUUGCCAUGAUAGUUGGUUUCCAGGGAAUAAUUUGGUGUCUAACAUGCGUCACUUUAUUAACUAUGUGCGGGUACGAGUACCAGAGACAGCGCCAGAGGUAAAAAGAGAACCACCUGCAAGUACAAGCUCUGAUGGCUUAGCGACCUCUCAGAAUCCAAGGCGAUUUAAAGGACUCCAGAGAGAGAAUUCAGGGACUGCACAAGUGUUCAGUUUGGUUGCAGAGCGUCGAAAGAAAUUUCAGGAGAUAAUUAAUCGCAAUACUACUGAAGCUAGUCAGGCUGUUCGACCAAAAUCUUCAAUGAAAUGGUCUGCUCCUGGUGCAACUCCUCAACUAACAACAGCUAUCUUAGAAAUCAAAGAGAGCAUAUUGUCUUUGCUUAUUAAGCUUCAUCAUAAACUGUCAGGAAAGCAAAACUCUUACUAUCCUCCUUGGUUAGAUGACAUGGAUACUUUAAUUCAACAUGAAAACCCAAAAUAUUUUCAUGGGGAUGGAAUGACUGCUGUAGAAAGGAUUUUAUUAAAAGCUGCUUUUCAAAGCAGAUUAAACAAACACAUCAUUGAAGAAAUAUGUAGAAGAGUGACUCCAACUGUGCCACCAAAAAAGAUUAGUCCAGCAGAGAAGAAAACUUUGGACAAAGAAGAAAGACGACAGAAGGCCAGGGAACGGCAGCAGAAGUUGUUGGCUGAAUUUGCAUCAAGGCAGAAAAGUUUUAUGGAGACUGCUAUGGAUGUUGAGUCACCAGAUGCUGAUACUGCUAUGGAGAUUGCAACAGCAGAAGAGCAUGUUUCUGAAGCUAUAUAUGAUUGUGUUAUUUGUGGCCAAAGUGGCCCUUCUACUGAAGAGCGACCAACAGGAUUAGUUGUUCUCUUACAAGCUUCUUCAGUUUUGGGGCAGUGCCGUAAUACUACUGAGCCUAAGAAGCUACCAACUUCUGAAAAGGAGCAAAUAUAUCCUAGUGAUACUUGUGCAGCAAUAUACGAAACACGCCUUGCAACUUUACAACAGUUCUUUAAAGAU